UGUUUUCAUGUGUGUUUUGAUAAGUGAUCACUAAUUAUUAUGUGCCAGUGUAAACAGUUCAUAGUGGUGAUGCCACAGUUUGUACAAGUAGCAAAGUGUUGCACCAACUUUUAGUGACCUGCUUUACGAAAGCACUACAGGUGCUGAUGCCUCGGUGGAGAUGCCAAAGCUACAUAACAUAAUAUUAUUACUUCUUGGAUCCACUUCCGUUCGUUGUGACAUCAUUGUUUUACUGAGCAUUAUUUGAUGAUACCCGGAGUCCCCAGUUUCUGGGGAUUAUGUGGCGCAUGCGCAAACAGUCGAUACCAGGCCCGCUCUUCGAGGAAGAGCGGCCUGGUAUCGAGGCUAUCGUAAAUGGUGGUGUACUAACAAUUAAGGCUUCCUGGUACACCUUGUACUGAUAAGUGCUCCUUCCAAGGCUUCCCCUUUGUAUUGAUAAGUGUUCCUUCAAGGCUUCCCCUUGUACUGUUAAGUGUUCCUUCAAGGCUUCCCCUUGUACUGAUAAGUGUUCCUUAAAGGCUUCCAGAUACACCUUGUACUGAUAAGCGAUCCUUCGCAGCGUUAACAGGAGUGGACGAUAGAAUACACCCCUGGCGUUCCUGGCAUUAAUUGUUGUGACCGCGGCCACAAUGGAGCGUCUAUGGACAAUCUGCGGGUUUUUUAUAUGUGAUUAUUUCACAAGUUCUGAUUUCUCCAGCCGGUGAGCUAUGCGUAAAUCCUUCUAGACGUUAGAUGUGAGGAAACAUUUGAAAAUAAAAGUUCUGCACACGAUCUGUCUAAACGUGAAGACACUUAGUACACACUGUUGAACUGGGAGAAAGAAGAUUGUAGAACACUCACAUUACAUUCUGGUUCACAGUAGCUCAAAGAUCCUAGCUAUUCCUAAGGUUAUCUCUGGCAGAGAUUCUGACCCCAGCAGUACUAGCGUGAACUUUUUUGACCACUACUGUAAUUGUUACUAGCUCUGCCCUGUACAUGUACAUCAUAAUUAUAGAUGCCGCAUGUAUAUCAACAUGCACCCCAACAGUCUUUCAUGUACUUCUACCACACAGGUGCAGUAGAUUACCGUAUAGCGGGUAAUUUUCGUGGGGUAAAAAUUCGUUUAUCUGGGCAAUAUAGCCACAAGUAUGUGUGUACCAUUAUGGUCUAACCAUAAUCAAUACUUUGAUCCUAUGAAUAUUGUUGUGCAUGCAUCACCUGACCUGUCACUGUGAGAGCUGUGAGUCUAUAGCUGCUUUUGCCAAGCUUUGAGCUUUUCUUUCUACUACUAAACAAUUUUCUAAAGUUUUGUGUCAAUGGCUGAGAGGCCGAGUGCUGCCCUACCCCCCACUGGUGUGAGUGGCCUGCUAGAGGCCACCGACACAGCUGUUAUCAAUCUGGAUCGACGACAUGCCGAAAUUGUUGAACACGGAGAAAAACUUGCGAUCAAUAUCCACUCGAAGUUCGAUGAACUCCAUCAAGCUCUGUAUGCUCGUGAGGGGGAGCUUAUGGCCAAGUUGGAAGGCCACACCAAACAACAGGUCAAAAGCCUCUCUGCUCAGCGAAAGGAGGUGGAGAUCCUCCAAACCCAACGCAGCUUUGACCCCAACACCCUAGAGCCUCGUGAGACAACCAACACCUGUUUUGUGCCUUCUGCUCAGCUAGUCAAAGAUUGCAAGAAAUUCGUAUCGUGUAUUAUGCUGAUAUUCCUCGCAAAGCUAUCACUGAACAAAAAGUAACUGCAUAUUAUCGAUUCAUCUGUCCCCUAAAUUCAGCACCGCCAGAAGCCAAACUUAUUUCCAAAAUAACUAACAAAGCCACAAAAUGUGUUGUGAGGGAACGAGAGAAGGGAGAGUACGAGAUCGAGAUCUCCUACCAACCAACAGUGGGCGGAGGCAGCGAGCUGAUCGUGAGAGUGGGUGGAGAGGAGGUGGUAGGAAGUCCAUUCCCUGUGGCUCUAAUCGAUAAACUAGGAACUGUUAUCAAUGAUCUCAAUAAACCGUAUGGAGUGGCACUCAACCAAGCUGGGGAGAUAAAUGUGGCUGAAGGAGAUGCUGGUAUUGUCUCGAUAUUUAGCCCCACAGGAGACAAGCUGCGAACAUUAGACACUCGAGGCACAGCGAUGAAGAAUCCUCAAGGUGUGGCAGUGGACGGUGAUGACAAUAUUCUGGUAGUGGACGCUGGUAAUCAUCGACUGUUGAAGUUCUCACGUGAAGGAGAUCUGAUAGCAGCAAUUGGUAGUCAUGGCGAUGGUCCAGGACAGUUUAACGAUCCGAUGGGUGUUUGUGUCAAUAGUGUCAAUGGGAAGGUGUAUGUGGUUGAUUAUGGUCCUCACUGUGUUCACAUCUUUAACUCUGACCUCACCUUCUCGAGCAAGCUCGGCAGUAAAGGCAAUGGUAAUGGACAGUUUAACUAUCCCUUGGACGUUGCAUCCGAUCGUAGUGGUUGUGUGUAUGUGGCUGAUUGUUAUCAUCAUCGAGUGAAAGUCUUUACACCCGAUGGUGGCUAUCUGAGGCAGUUUGGGAAGAGUGGCAGUGGAAAUGGAGAACUUAACUCCCCUAUCAGCAUCUGCGUGGACAGUAAUGAUCUGGUGUAUGUGGGGGAGAAUGGGAGCCAUCGUGUCUCAGUGUUCACGUGUGAGGGAGUGUUUCUCAAGUCAUUUGGAUCAGAGGGAUCUAAACCAGGACAGUUCAGCAGUCCUUAUGGCAUAGCAGUAGACUAGUGUGGUGUGGUGUAUGUGUCUGAUUAUGGCAACAAUAGAGUGCAAAAGUUUAUUUUUGUUAAUUAAAUUUUGUUGAGUUAUUGUAACAUUGGUAAUGAAUAUUGAAAUUGAAA